GUGACAGCAUCCUCCCCCUCCUCCUCCCUACUGGGUACCGGCCGGCCCCUCCGCACAGUGUGGCAGCAGGGCGACUGCAGCGCGCCGGAGCUGGAGGAGAGCAGAGGAGAGAAGCGAACAGGAGAGGAGAGGAGAAGAGGAGGAGGACGGACUGUCUCCCCUCCUUCAGGCGGGAUUAUACUCUGCAGUGUCCCGUCACUUCAACAUGCCUUUGGGGAGUAAAAGACUCGCUGGGAUUACUGCGCUGAUCGGCUCGCUGCUGCUGCUCGGCUCCUGUGGGACAGGUGCGGAAGAGGUAUGUGACAACCCAUUGGUGUUCAAUUUGCCACCGUCAUCCUUCAGAAGCUCCUCCCAGCUGUCCAGCAGCCAUGGGCCGGUCUUUGCUAAGGUCAACAGGAGAGAAGGAGCUGGAGGUUGGUCUCCUCUUGUCUCCGACAGAUACCAGUGGUUGGAGGUGGACUUGGGGAGGCGGACGCAAAUCACAGCUGUCGCCACGCAGGGACGAUACGGCAGCUCUGAUUGGCUGACGGCCUACCUGUUGAUGUUCAGUGACACAGGACACAACUGGAGACUACACAGACAGGAGGACAGCUUAGGGGCUUUUCCAGGUAACAGUAAUGCAGACACCGUGGUCCAGUACAAACUGGAACAGCCCGUCAUAGCUCGCUACCUCCGUUUGAUCCCUCUGGACUGGAACCCCACUGGGAGGAUUGGUCUCAGACUGGAAAUAUAUGGAUGUCGUUACACUUUUGACGUGGCAAACUUUGAUGGCAGCAGCAGUCUGGUCUUCAAGAUGAGUGUUAGGCCGAGCCGGACGGCGAUGGAGAUGAUCUCUCUGAAGUUUAAAACCCUGAAGAAUUCUGGGACACUGCUCCACGCAGAGGGACAGAGAGAUCACAGCCUCACUCUGGUGUUGGAGAAAGGACGGCUGCUGCUCUAUCACCAACAAGGUAUGAGUUCAUCCUCUGGUGGUCAGCUCCUUGUUUCUGUGGGUAGUCUGCUGGACGACCAGCACUGGCAUCACGUAAAGCUGGAGCGGCUCAGCACUCACCUCAACCUCACUGUGGAUAAAAACACACAGCAGGUUCACACACCAGCCGAGCUCAGCCACUGGGAUAUUCACCAGCUAAGUGUGGGAGCUGUCCAGAGCCAUGGACUACAGAAACCCAUCUUGUCAAAUAGGCAUUUCCAUGGCUGCCUGGAAAACCUGCUCUACAACGACCUCAAGCUGAUAAACCUGGCUAAACAGAACAACCACCAGGUCACUGUAGUGGGCAAUGUGACCUUUUCUUGUGCUGAGCCAGUUUCAGUCGCCAUGACGUUCACCGACUCCCACAGCUUCCUACAGUUGCCCGGACUGACAUCAUGGUCAUCAGGGGUUUUCACUGUGGCGCUACAGUUCAGGACAUGGAACAAGGCGGGGCUGCUCUUGACUUUCAACCUCCCUCAGCUGGAGAGCACGGUCUGGUUGUACCUGAGUGAGGCCAGACUCCGUCUCCGGGUCAAUAAAGCAGGCAGGGCCCCACUGGAGCUCAGCGCAGGUUCGGGUCUGAACGACGGUCAGUGGCAUUCAGUGGAGAUGAACUCAAGACCAGAUCAUCUGAGCAUCACAGUGGACAAAGACGAAGGAGCCACCGCUCACACCAGCAUCCCCCUUCCUCUAACCACAGAGAGUCAGCUCUUCUUCGGUGGUUGUCCUGCCCAGCAGAGCAGUCAUUACUGUAGGAACCCCUUCAACAUGUUUCAGGGCUGCAUGCGUCUCCUGACACUGGAUGAUCAACCUGUUGACCUGAUUAAAGUGCAGCAAAGGCUGCUGGGAAACUACAGCCACUUGCAGAUUGAUAUGUGCGGCAUCAUCGACAGGUGUUCCCCCAGUCACUGUGAGCAUGGAGGUAGAUGUACUCAAUCAUGGAGCACCUUCCACUGUAACUGCUCCAACAGCGGCUACAGAGGAGCCACCUGCCACAGCUCGACAUACGAGCAGUCGUGUGAGGCGUACAAACACAAAGGCAACACAUCAGGACAUUAUUACAUAGACGUUGACGGCAGUGGACCGAUCAAGCCCCAGCUCAUCUACUGUAACAUGACAGAGAACAGGGCGUGGAUGGUGAUCCAGCACAACAACACCGAGCUGACCAGAGUUCAUUCGUCUCCUGAGCGAAACCGACAUUCAGCCCACUUCGACUAUGCCUCUGAGGAGGGGCAGUUAGCAGCCAUCAUCAGCCAGUCACAGCACUGUGAGCAGGAGCUGUCCUACCACUGCAGGAGGUCCCGCCUCCUCAACACACCAGAGGGUGCUCCAUUCAGCUGGUGGGUGGGAGGUCCGGAUGCAGGUCAGGUCCAGACGUACUGGGGCGGAGCUCAGCCCAACAGCCGUCAGUGUGCCUGCGGUCUCCAGGACAGCUGUCUGGAUUCAAAUCACUACUGCAACUGUGAUGCUGACUAUGACCAGUGGGCAAAUGACUCAGGCCUACUCACCUAUAAGGAGUCCCUUCCAGUCAGGUCUUUGGUGCUGGGUGACAUCCAGCGGCUGGGGUCAGAGGCUGCCUACAAGGUGGGACCCCUCCGUUGUCAUGGAGACAAAAAUUUCUGGAACGCCGCAUUUUUCGACAAGGAGACGUCUUACCUUCACUUCCCCACCUUCCAUGGAGAGCUGAACGCGGACAUCUCCUUUCUGUUUAAAACCACAUCCUCCUCCGGGGUCUUCCUGGAAAAUCUGGGUAUCAAGGACUUCAUCCGCAUCGAACUCCUUUCCUCCUCUGAGGUCGUCUUCUCCUUCGACGUGGGGAACGGGCCGCUGGAGGUGCGAGUGGAGACAAUCAUCCCUCUGAACGACAACCGGUGGCACAGCGUGCGAGCUGAGCGAAACGUGAAGGAGGCGUCGCUUCGUGUUGACGAGUUCCCUGCCGCCACACGCGAGGCCCCUGCUGACGGACACAUUCAUCUGCAGCUCAACAGCCAGUUAUUCAUAGGAGGUACUGCAUCCAGACAGAAAGGCUUUCUCGGCUGCAUCCGCUCUCUGCAGCUCAACGGCGUCACCCUGGACCUGGAGGAGAGGGCGAAGAUCACCCCCGGGGUCCGAUCCGGCUGCCCGGGCCACUGCAGCAGCUACGGCUCCCUCUGCCAGAACCAGGGUCGCUGUGUGGAGAAAGACAACGGUUUCACUUGCGACUGUGGUCAGUCUGCCUACACUGGAGCCUUCUGUCAUAAAGAGGUAUCGGCCAGCUUUAAGUCGACAGUGUCCAUCGCCUACAACCUCAAGGAGCCGUAUGAACUGAGCAGGAACAGCAGUGCCUGGCCUUCGUCCAUCUACUCUGAUAUGACCCUGAGAGGAGAAAACAUCUCGCUGAGCUUCAAGACCCUCCAGAGUCCUGCUCUGCUGCUCUACGUCAGCUCUUUCUACAGGGAAUACCUGGCUCUGCUUAUCAACAACCAUGAUGAGCUGGAGCUGAGGUACAAGUUGCACAGCAGCAGAGACGUUGAGGUGUUGGGCAGCAGAGUUAUGAACUUGGCUGAUGGACGCCUGCACACAGUGGCCAUCAGGAGACUGGCAGACACUGUCUCUGUGCAGAUUGACCAGAAUGCCAGAGAGGACUUCAACCUGACAUCUGAUGUGGAAUUCAACAACAUCAAGUCUCUCAUCCUGGGCAGAGUGCAGGAGUCUGAUGAGCUGGAUGCAGAGCUAUCUGGGCUGGCCUCUCUCGGGUUCACCGGCUGCCUGUCAGCUGUUCGCUUCAACUCCAUCAGUCCUCUGAAAGCUGCUCUGCUGCACUCUGACAGCCCCGUCACUGUCACCGGCCCAUUGGUCCAGUCGAGCUGUGGGUCCUCCUCUCCAGCCAAGCCCUACGCGGCAGAAACCACACACUCCUUAUCAGAACAACCUGGUUCAGUGGAUCCAGGUCAACCUUUAGUCAACACCAUGAGGAGUGACUCAGCUCUAAUCGGAGGUGUGAUCGCCGUGGUGAUCUUUGUCACUGUGUCUGCGUUGGCGAUCAUGGCCAGAUUCAUCUGCAGCAGAAAAGAGACGUAUCGAAACCAAGAGGUCAAAGCAGCGCAGCCUGAAGACAGCCACGAGUUCCCCUUCAGCAGCCAGGCGGACUCUCAGAGCGCCCCCAGUGAAAACCAAAAGGAGUAUUUCAUUUAGCAGGAGCCCUGACCUCCCAUUGACCUAACAGGACAGAGCGGGAUGACUUAGAGACACCACAGAGCCCUUCAGCCGCUGGUACCAGAGCAUCAACAGAAGUCAGAAACAGAACAAUCCAUGAAUUUUAUUUAUUCCCUUCUGUUUGUACAUAUUGUCCACUUUGCACAAACUGGCAAAAGUGUUAAAAGUGUAUUUUAAGUGGACUUUGAGUCGUCAAUGCUCUUGUUUUGAGGAUGUAAAUAUUUAAAAAUGUAAAUGUCGAUUUGUCUGCCUACAACACUAUAUUUCUCUGUCAUAUUGAAAUGUUGCAAAUAAUUUAUUAGAAGGAAAAAUGCAGAAUAGAUGUGAUGAUCAAAACACAACUUUGCUCCUGUUAAAUUGGACUCUUGGACUUGAUUUAUGAGCAGCAACUUUUUUUCUACAAGGAUGAUGAACCUCCUGUGAAAUCUGAGAUGUCAGAGCCAUAUGUGUGAAAAUAUGAAGAGACGGAUUCAGCCGAGUGGAGGAUUGACGUGCGUGUUUCACAUGCGAGAACCCAGCCAAAGCACAGUCCCAGAAUCAACUAAAAUCCAACUGAAUAAAUCAUUUCAACACCUGCUGUAUAUAUGAAUACAAAAUUAAAGUCACUCUUAAAAGUUUA